GGAGGUGAACGCGGCUGGAUCAGCUGAGAGAGGAGGAAGCCUUGCCAGGGAGGAGAGAAACUGAAACAGGGAGGAGAGAAACUGCUUUUUUCCUGUCCCUUCAAGCUCACCCAGCGCCUCUCACCCACCCCACGGCUCACCCACCAUGUCCGCCGGGUGUUGCGGGACCAAGAAGACCAAGUUCAACGGUGGCCCCCAGAUGGCAAGGGAGAACCAGUCGGGAAUUGAACAACAGCCUCUUCGUACAUCAAUCAGGCACUGUUCCCACUCCACCACGGCCAAGGGACAAAAAUGCGGGUAUCCAUAUGGACAUUUGAACCCAACAUCUGCCCGCAAUCGUGCCGUGUGUUGCUACAAUGGCACCACACCCACCACCAACGGCACACUCCGGAAUGGCCUUAUCCCCAUUGCAAGCGCUGAGAUGUGCUUCUAUUGUUUUGACGUCCUGUACAGCCACCUCCACAACAUGGAAACCCCCAGCACCCCAGACUUCACCAAUGAGCCCUUCCCUCUGUUUGUGACCUGGAAAGUUGGGAAAGACAAACGGUUACGAGGUUGUAUGGGAACAUUUAGCCAUAUCAAUCUUCAUGCUGGUCUCAGAGAAUAUGCAGCUACCAGUGCAUUUAAGGAUUCACGCUUCCAGCCAAUCGGUAGAGAUGAGCUACCGCGCCUCGGAGUGUCCGUGUCCAUUCUUCGGCAUUUUGAGGACGGACGGGAUUAUAGGGAUUGGGACAUUGGGGUUCACGGCAUCCGCAUAGAGUUCCUAAAUGAGCGUGGUGCCAAGAGGACAGCUACCUACCUGCCCGAGGUGGCUCCGGAGCAGGGCUGGGACCAUGAACAGACCAUUGACUCACUACUCAGGAAAGGAGGGUAUAAGGGACCGGUCACCACUGAGGUCAGGCGCAGCAUAAAGCUAACUCGCUAUCAGAGUGAAAAAAUAUCAGUAACCUUUCAGGAUUACAUGAGCUACUGGAGAAACCGCCGCUGCUAGCAUUUGCUAAACGCUAGGGAUGGAAGAUGUGGAACCUUUGAGCCUGGAAGUGCCAAUGAGGGGGGCCGGGGCAACAAUGUCAUACCCCGGGGCCCUGAGCUCACCAGUGUAGCCGAGCCGAACCACCACCUGGGCCACCAGUACCCGCAGCCCCCUUACCACUACCAGAACAACCACAUGAUGACCCAACAAAACAAUAGUCAUCCACUCCUUGCUCAUAAUCACCAUCCUCAUCUCUAUUAUCAACAUCACAACGGUCCCAGGUCUCCAUCACCUCUCCACCUCCCUCAUUUUUCAGCUAGAGGCAGUAGUAGCAGCAGUAGCAGCAGUAUCAAUAGCAGCGGUAGAGCAUCCGCCACCAUCACCACCACCACCACCAACACCAACACUCCACCACUGGGCUUUGACUCAGUGGGCAACUCAGGGCUUGGUGCAUCUCUCUUGUGCGUCACCACCUCAGGGCAUAAUGAGUUUGCUCUGUGCGGCCCUCCAGCCCAGGAUGGAGCACUUAUGAAUCACGGGGGAUGUCCCGCUUGGUGCUCCCAUCACAGGACAGCCACGGAAGGGGAGGGAUGCCUGGAUGGCCUGCGCAGAGCAUCCAACAGGCUGGCAGACUUUCUAAGGGGCCUUUUUAAUUCUUGAUGGUUGGUUUUAGUUAUUUUAGCUUAUUUGUUUAGUGUUGAGUGUCACCUCUUCUGAGUUUGGCCCUGAAAUUGAUUUCACAGUUUCAUAGUAAUUUUGUAUGGAAACCAGUUUAUGUUAGAAAGGCUGAAAGUGAAACUGAUAGUGAAGAAACGUGUAGAGCUGCCCAUGAGUGUGGCGUCAUCUCAUAAAGCCUCAUCUCUAAUCAAAUACACAUGCUCAAAUUCAUAAUGAGCUUGGUACUUGGAGGACUCAAGACUUUGUGGUAACUAUGACUGCAACUAUUCCAAGUUAUAGUUGCAGUGGAUACCUGUAUGAUGUGAUACAGUGUAAGAAAGUGGAAACGAAGCCUUAGAAGAUAGUCACAUAGCAGUCAGCGGAACCCAUGAUAGUGUGUGGAGUUUGGAAGAAGUGGUCAGCUCACUAUGAUAAUAAACACAUUGCUUGAACAUCGACGAUGGUUACCCUUAGUUUUAUAUAUGCAUAUAUACACUUUCUUGAUUCUUUGUUUACAAUGUCAGUGAGCCCCGGGCUGGCCUUCCCACUCCCGUCCGUGUGUGUUGUGAUCACUGGGUAUCUUAACAACCCAACCACACCAGUCUUUCACAUUCAGCGGCUGACAAAACUCACAAGAUGGAUAAGCCUCCAGUGUUACCUUAUAGCAAGGUCAUUGCAUUGAACAGGCUGAAAGAAGUUUAGAAAAAACACUUCUCUUGUCACGUGGAAGCAUACGUAAUUUCAAGAAGGUCUGCAGUAUCUUAUUGGCGGUUGAAGAGCCAUAUACAAAUGGUGCAACACGGAGCUACUCGCACUGCUCGUCUGCCACUGAGGUUUGUUUGCCGCUUAUUUUAUAUCAGACUGCCUAGUCUCGAGCACCUGGUGAUGCUCAUUUGUUACUUACUAGUGGAAGAUCUCAUGUACAGUGUUGUUGAAGAGAACUUUACUUAAUACCACAUGUGAACCAUAAUCCAUAAAGAUGUCUCAUCUCAUUAUGUGGGAAUAGCUUGAUAAAAGAAUUUGAAAAGUGGUUGAGAUAAAAACUGUGCUCCCAUUAAUUAUCUUCAUGCAAACACCUUUCCUCAUGUAAACUUGACAAGAGGGUACCAAGUGCAUCUCAGUGAUAACAUGUGAUAGACUAUACCAAAGGUGGCUUGCUGUAUAGGGCAGUUGUACUGAGUGCCAAGGAAAGAAAAGAAGCAGCUCCAACUUUAUAUGAACUGAUUAUGCCUCAUCCACUUACACAUUAAACUGAAGAGACAUGAAAACUGUUUGUGUGUAGUCUUUUUUUAUAUAUAUUUGAGGAUAAGAUGGCACAGAUUGGAUUGACAUUCCUGAAACUAUAUAACUAUUGACUGACUUGUUCCAGCUCUUGAGGUUCUACGGACUGGUAAUGAGUGCAAGUGUUACGUUGUGAGCCACUAAAUGGAAACCAUAAGAUUCACUCAUUCAGGGAUAUUUGAGAUUAUAAUUGGCUCAGACAAAAAGUCACCAUAAGAUAUGUAAUAUUCAUUUGAGCCUAACUUUUUUUCAUUUUCAUCAUUUACUGAAAGAAAAUCACUGGAUAAAAUUGAAAGCCUACAAAAAAAUGUAAAUAUAUAAAAAGUUACAUAAAAAGUUGCCUGCAUGUCUGUAUAGAGGGAUACAGGAUUAUGAUUGUAAAGUUUAGAUUAGUAUGGGAUGCUUAGGUUUGUUUGUGUGUGUUCAUUUUUUGUGUAUGCUGUAAUGCAUAAUCUCACCUUGGCAUGAACUUUUGUUUUACGGUAGAGCAGAAAGAGGACACACGCUGCUGUAUGCUGCAUCACAUGGUUCCUGAUAGGUAAAUCUGGUCACAAUGAAACUGUGUGUGAUAAUGUUUGAAAUUGGUUAAUUUUGCAUUGGUAUUAGUUAAUUAAUAAUGAUUUAUUCUCUUGACAAAGGUAAAUUGGUGAAGCAAUCAUUUCAGACUGUGAGAAUACACAAAAACACUAUGAAAGCUAGCCUUAUCAUAAUGCCAACUGUACCUGAUUAUUACAUAAAAGAGAGGAGCUUCUCAAUCACUGAUAUUUGCUUGCUCACUGCCAAGGCAUUAAUCGAUGUAAGUAUAUCGAUAUCACACCGAGUCAGCACAGUAACAAUAGUUGGAAGAUGAUAUAGGUAUUGUCAUCCUCAUUUAAUUCUCAUCAGCCAUUUUCAUCAAUUGUUGAAACUAGCAGUAUGGUCCUAUGUUGAAUAUUUUUCAGAGUUAAAGAAGCUUUUCAAGUUAGGUAAAUAAUACAGGGACAUGAAAGUCAAUCACAGGUGGCAUAUAAAAUAGUCCUUUGCCAGUCUGUACCACUCAGAUUUAGUAUGUUCUGUGGACAAUAUCAUAUGCAACUAUGUGGCUAUCAUGAUAGCAGAUUUAGUUCUUUUUCAUAUCCUUAGCUUUCCAAGUAUUGCUUUUAUGCAGUACAGGUAAUUUUGAAAUGUUGAUAAAAAUGGUGCAAUUUCAUAGUAAACAGCAAAUAGUAGUGUCCAUUUUUCCAUUUUUGUAGAUGAAUGUUUUACUGUAUAUGACCUUACUUAGAGUAUAAUGUGAAAGUUGAGAGAGGAAGCCAAACACUGCCAUUGUGUGUUUGUAUAUUGUUGAACUUUUUAAGUAAGCUAAUACUAUAUUGAUUAGAGAAACGGCUUGUCGCUCCCAGAUGUAAAUCUCUUUAGGAAUGUUGUACAUACUCAUCCUAGUGUCCAGCCCCACCACACAACAGCAAGGAGAGCAAGUACAUAUUAUUACACCUUCCAGAGAUGAUGAUGACCAGACUUCAUGCCAAUAAAUUACCAUGCUAAAAAAGUGUGGACCUAAACUCUAGGAAUGGAUUAUAUUUACUGUAGGUAAGGUGACACAGCCAUAACCUGUGACAACGUUGUCCACACCCAAAAGUAUUGACUGAUAAAGAGAAUUGUUUUCAUUACAUUUCAGAUAUUUUCAUCACUAUAAAAUUUGUGCAUGUUUUGUUGACAAAAUGAAUUAUUGAUAUUUUACCAAAUUUAGGAUGGCAUGUUACAGAUUUUUAUGUUAGUUGUCAUUGAAUUUUAAGUUCUUGAAGUUACUCCUGAGCUUGAGGUAGUUUUAUGUCCUUUAUCAGGCUCACUCACUUUCUUCUGGACUUUAAUUGGAAUGGAAAUUCAUAUGACCACUGUAUUUGUGGCCAGGUCUACCUAUCAUAGAAGUACUAAUGUUGCACAGCAGGUUGCUGUUAGUGUUUGUGAGCCUUGGACGAAGGUACUUGUAGUGAUGCUACAUUACUAUACCCCACAAAUGAAGCCACAAGCAGUGAUGUAUGUUUAAGAUAUUGCAAAAAAAAAGUAGAAAAAAAAAUUACCCAGAUUUGUGUGCAUGUUAAAUUACAAGAUAAGGCUACACUUAAAAUUAUUGGUAAUUCACUAAUGUAAGUUCUACCCUUUUCAAUAGCAUAACAUCCUGGUCUAGGAUUCAGACUUGUUGAGACAGUUUUUGUGUGUGCUUUACUUCAUUAAGAUCAUGUUUUCAGUGAUGAGGAUUAUUUAUAUUUUUGAAAACAUGUUAUUCACCAAAAUUUGUAAAGCCUUACAAGUUGAAAGUAAAAACAAAAUUGUGUUGAAUUCUAUACAUGAAACAUAUGAACUGAAAGUGCUAGCACUGGCUGUUUGUAACAUAAUUGGGUCACUUGAAAAUGUUUUGCAUAUUCGAGAGGAAUCACUGUACCUUAAGACAGCUUUUGGCUUGAUAGUUGCAUCGUGGAAGGCAUGACCAAAGUUGGCAAAGAUACAUUUGUUCAGUUAUUUUCUUGUUUUCUGAAGGAGGUUCCUCCUAAAAAGGUUGCCUAGGGUCUGGAGGGCUGCCAGGAGUUGGUCCCCAGUAAUGGCAUGGCAGCUGCUCCUGAGGCAGCUCAGGCACCUUGGAGGGGCCUCCUGGACUUGAAUUUUUUUCUGUCCUCUGUCAAUUUGCGGUUUGGAAAUGCCCAAAUACAGUUCCCAUUGUGUUAAGAGUAAGUUACUUGAAAUAUUUUGUUUAGGAUUAUCCCACUGCAUGGCAACUGAAUGCAAAUUUAUAAAAUAGAUUUGCUUAUAAAAUUUGUACAAGGCAGUUCAAACGAAAAUUGCUGUUGAACCUAAAAUUUUACCUAGAUUACAUAUUCAGGAACAAAAUGGAGUGAAAUAUACUAUGGAAAUUUUGUCCACUAUUACAGUUAUAAUGCUUUGUGAAGCAUUAGAUUAUUUCUUCAUAUAGCACUUGAACCCCUGAGUUGAGACACCUCCCUCCAGUAGGCUGAUGAUUCAGCAAAAUUAUUAUCCAGAUUGUCUGGUACUAUACAUUAUGAUUAUGAUCAAAAAUUAUUAAUAGGAAUGUUUAUUCUUUGGAAAUCCCUGGUCAAAAUGAAGUACUGGUAGUGCCAGGAAGUACGUGUGUAAGUUACUGAUAGAACAGCUGGGCCUUUCAGCACUACCAUGGCUCUGUGAGUAAGGCUGCAUGUGCAUUAAGUUUGCUGUCCUGUGCUACAGGAGUCUUGAAUUCAGGUGCCUUCUGCCAGCCUGGGGACCUCUGGGCAACUCCACAAACACAACUGCCUCACAUAAUGUUAUGAAAUUUCCAAACUUAAGUUUUGAAAUGUUUUGAUGUAAACAAUUGUGUCCAGUAUAUACCAUUUGAAACUACAAUAUAAAUUCAGGAACAAGAGUUACAUGUUACAAAGACUUAAUCUUCCACAGAGGGUUACUGUUUUGUUUCUGGAGGAGUCCAUUACUGUACCAUAGCAAAGGCUGUGAAGCUGUUGGUCAUUAUAAGCUGCACAUGGCCCUUCAGCAAGGUUUUUUUUCUACUCGCAAAUAGUUAUAAUGCCUUUCAAGGGCCAUCAUUGUAACUUGUAAUGACUAACAGGUUUGCAGUGAUUAUUUAUAAGUGAAUAAUGUGUCUGAUGCAAGUACUACUGUAUUCUUUCUCUUUGCUAUGUAAAACAAAUAUUUUCCACUUAUGAUUUGAAGUUCUAACUUUGUGCCAUUUUAAAAAAACAUAUGAAAUUUGCUCCUUAAUGUCACGGCAGUGGUGUUUCAACACGUAAUUGCUCCCUGAGCCAGUAGAACUUGAAUCUGCAGUAUGCAAGGACAUUUUUCAUCCUUUGUUUUGAAUGACUGCAUUAAUUGUAAGUGAAUGUUGUAUGAAAUAAAAAAAAACUUUUGCAUUUUAUAUAGAACAUAUAGCAUACAUUUCACAGGUAGCAGCAGUUACUGUAAAUCACAUAUAGAAUCUCCAUUGAAAAUAAUAAACCCCUUUUUCACUA